AUGCAGGUAUCGAUUUGGACCGUCACCACGUCCGCAACACCCACCGCAAGCUUUACCGCUUCCUUGCUCGUACGUCCUGAAGAGAAAUCCCCUGACGAGAUCGCAAAAAAGGCAAAAAGGAUAUUUUUUGUGCGAUAUAUAGGCCGAACCGAUGCAAACUUCAACAAAGUAAUCCUCCGCCGUCUUUUCAUGUCCCGCAUCAACCGCCCACCAGUUUCUCUCUCGCGCAUCGUAUCCAGCGUUAAGAAGGGACCAGAGGAAGCUUCCACCGGAAAGACCAUUGUCGUUGUUGGCACUAUCACCGAUGACAACCGUCUGCUCGAGGUGCCAAAGAUGUCCAUCGCUGCUUUGCGACUCACCUCCUCCGCCAGAGCUAGAAUUGAGAAGGCCGGUGGUGAGAUUUUGACUUUAGACCAGCUCGCCCUCAGAGCCCCCACUGGUGCCAACACUAUCUUGCUGCGUGGACCAAAGAACUCUCGUGAGGCCUUCAAGCACUUCGGAUUCGGCCCGCACAGCGGAAAGGUUAGUUUUUAUGACAUAUAUUUUUGUGGGUUAGAAUGCAAUUCUCGUGGACGAAGAAGAUCGCGUGGUUUCAAGGUUUAAACUGGUUGUUUAUGGGAUCCUAUUUCAGAGGUCAGCUUAUAAAAAAGUAGCGUAGCUGUACUUGUGAUUGAAAUGAAAUGAAUUUCCUACCCCUUUUCACC